CACUUUCAGAAAAGAAAGAAAAAAAAAAAAAAAAAAAAGUUGAAAAUGUACUAAAAAUCUCUACAUAAAUAAGUAUUCAUUAACCAAGAAGAUAAAUCCUUUGAAAUUGAAGGUAGGUGAUGGAGUUCAGAUAACCAAGAAGACGUUUUGUCUCCUGAGAUGCAAGCUGAAAAUUGGGGAUGAUAUGAAGGAGCAUAGUGUAAUGCUUUAUGCUAUUCCAAGACUCCAAUCAUUUAUAAAGUGUUUGUGUUAAAAUGUACUUUAGGGCUUGGAAUACUGCUAUAGGUGACAUGGGAUAUGCUCUGAGUAGAUUGGAGAUUGACCCUGACUUUUCAGACAGCGAGUCAUCUCCUGUUGGAGAUGAUAAUGACACUCCUCGACCUUCAUCAGAGAAUGAUUUGGAGCAUGAAGUUGCUCAGCUUACAAAGCUGAGAUCAGCACCCCAUAAAAGGUUGAAACAAGUUCAUCCACGGAGGCCAGAGUUUCCAGUUUCUCCAGUGAAGAUGUUAGCUGGUAGGGAAGGGAAUUAUUCUGGUAGAGGGAGGUUCACUGCAGCCGAUCGCUGUCAUCUUCUAAAUAAAUACUUGCCUGUUAAAGGUCCUUCUAUAGUUGACCAGUUGACCACUCGGGCUUAUGUCUCACAGUUUUCAGAUGAUGGUUCCCUUUUUGUUGCUGCAUUUCAGGGAAGCCACAUUAAAAUAUAUAAUGCUGAAAAGGGGUGGAAACUUCAGAAGAAUGUUCAUGCCAAAAGCUUGCGGUGGACGAUUACUGAUACAUCUCUUUCACCAGACAAGCGUUUCCUGGUUUAUGCCACUAUGUCUCCUAUUGUCAACAUAGUUAAUAUUGGAUCUGCUGCAACAGAGUCUCAUGCGAACAUCACGGAGAUCCAUGAAGCGCUAGAAUUUUCUGGUGAUGAUGAAGGGGGAUAUUCGUUUGGAAUUUUUUCAGUGAAGUUUUCUAAUGAUGGAAGAGAACUUGUAGCUGGAAGCAGUGAUGAUUCAAUCUAUGUUUAUGAUGUUGAAGCAAACAGACUUUCCCUUCGAAUUCAAGCACAUACGUCGGAUGUAAACAGCGUGUGCUUUGCUGAUGAAGCCAGCCAUCUAAUAUAUUCUGGGAGUGACGAUAAUCUGUGUAAGGUUUGGGACAGAAGAUGCUUCAGAUCAAAAGGAAAACCUGCUGGAAUCCUGAUGGGGCAUCUAGAAGGAAUUACAUUUCUUGACAGUCGUGGAGAUGGUCGUUAUUUCAUUUCAAAUGGAAAGGAUCAGACUAUCAAGCUUUGGGAUAUCAGAAAAAUGUCUUCUAAUGCCACACGGAGUCCAGGGUUCAGGAACUAUGAAUGGGAUUACAGAUGGAUGGACUACCCACUUCGGGCACGAGAUGUGAAGCAUCCAUCUGAUCAGUCUGUUUCCACAUAUAAAGGUCAUUCCGUGCUGCGUACACUAAUACGCUGCUAUUUUUCACCAGAAUAUAGCACUGGCCAGAAGUAUAUAUAUACCGGAUCACAUGACUCCUGUGUUUAUGUAUAUGAUUUGGUGAGUGGAGCUCAAGUUGCGAGACUUGUACACCAUAAGUCAACGGUGCGAGACUGCAGCUGGCAUCCUCAUUACCCAAUGCUUGUUAGUUCUUCAUUUGAUGGAGAUAUUGCAAAGUGGGACUUCCCUGCUCCUGGUAAUGGAGACAACCCGCUUCCUGUUAACAAUAGGCGACCCCGAAGACGACAUUUUGAUUGAAAAUAAAAUAUACGGAUGUCAUGGAAAUCAUUUGUUGUCAUGUUUUUACUUUUUACACAAAAGGAUUGUAUAUAAGAUAAUAAAUUCUUUUUUACAUAGGUAUAGUUGAAUAUUUGUAUAUGUAAUAUAUUUUUAUUCCAAAUGUUGCUACUUUGCAUA